AUGUCGACCUUCCUCCGCACCGUCUCCCGCGCGGUUUCGACCUCCGCCCCUGCGGCGCGCACCUUCAGCUCGACAGCCGCGCGCCCGUUCGCGCGCGUCACCAUCCUCGGCAACGUUGGCACCCAGCCCGAACUGCGCAAGACCAGCAACGGCCGCGACUUUGUCCACUACGUCGUCGCCAGCAACCAGGGCUCGUCUGAGCGGACCAGCUGGUUCCAUAUUAACGGGUACUUGGAAGAGGGCCCGCGCCGGAAUCACUUGUUGUCUUUGACCAAGGGAACCACUGUUUUGGUCGAGGGCGAUAUCAUCACCACCCAGUACCAGGACGGCGAGGGCAAGAACCGCACUGGGACCCAUAUCAACCACCGCACUGUGCAGGUCAUUCGCCGCCCCCGUGGCUAUGGGUACGCCGAGGGUGAGGGCCCCAUUGAGGGUGAGGAGCAUGAGGGAGAGGCCCGACCCUUCGACGUAAUCGUCAUAGGCGGCGGGCACGCCGGCGCCGAAGCCAGCGCCGCAGCCGCCCGCGCCGGCGCCCGCACCGCCCUCAUCACCCCUUCCAUCGACAACCUCGGCGUGUGCUCGUGCAACCCGAGCUUCGGCGGGAUCGGCAAGGGCACCAUCCUCCGCGAGAUUGAUGCCAUGGAUGGGUUGGCGGGGCGUGUCAUUGAUAAGGCGGGCGCGCAGUUCCGUGUGUUGAACCGCAGGAAGGGCCCGGCUGUGUGGGGGCCGCGGGCGCAGAUUGAUCGGAAGUUGUAUAAGAGGUACAUGCGCGAGGAGCUGGAGGGGUAUCCGAAUUUGUCGGUUGUUUUGGGGAAGGUGGAGGAUAUUGUGGUGGGGGAUAAUUUGCCGGUGGAGGGGGGCCAAGGGGAUUCGGUUGUGUCUGCCGCUGCUGGGGAGGAUGGGGCGAAGAAAAAGAUUACGGGUGUUAGGUUGGAGUCGGGGGAAGUGCUGCCGACGGGGCAGGUGGUGAUCACGACGGGCACAUUCUUGGGCGGGGAGAUUCAUAUUGGGUUGGAUGUGUUCCCAUCAGGCCGGAUGGGCGAGGAGGCAACGUUUGGGCUGAGCAAGUCGCUGCGUGACGCCGGGUUCGCGCUAGGACGGCUCAAGACAGGCACACCCCCACGUAUCGCCAGGGACAGCAUCAACUGGAGCGUGCUGGAGGAGCAGUUCGGCGACGACCCGCCCACGCCGUUCAGCUACCUCAACGACCGCGUUGCGGCAGAGCAACAGCUCAGCUGCCACGCGACAUACACCAACGAGGCGACGCACGACAUCGUGCGGGCCAAUCUCGACAAGACGAUACACAUCCGCGAGACGGUCAAGGGCCCGCGCUACUGCCCGUCGCUGGAGUCCAAGAUCAUCCGCUUCGGCGACCGUGACCGGCACAUCGUGUGGCUGGAGCCCGAAGGCUUCGACAACGACGUGGUCUACCCCAACGGCCUGAGCAUGACAGUCCCCGCCGACGCCCAGGCCCAGCUACUGCGCACGAUCCCCGGCCUAGAAGCCUGCAACAUGCUCCAACCAGGCUACGGCGUCGAGUACGACUACGUCGACCCGCGCAGUCUCAAGCGUACCCUCGAAACCAAAGCCAUCCGCGGCCUCUUCCUCGCCGGCCAAAUCAACGGCACAACAGGCUACGAAGAAGCCGCCGGCCAAGGCAUCAUCGCGGGCAUCAACGCGGGCCGCGCAGCCCGGGGUCUACCCCCGGUAUCCCUCUCCCGCUCCGACGCCUACAUCGGCAUCAUGAUCGACGACCUCAUCACCCGCGGCGUAUCCGAGCCCUACCGCAUGUUCACCUCCCGCUCCGAAUUCCGCCUCUCCGCCCGCGCCGACAACGCCGACACCCGCCUGACCCCGUCCGCCCGCGACUGGGGCGUCGUCUCCGACACCCGCUGGGCGCGCUUCAACGACGACUUCCAGCGCGCCGCCGACCUCCGCCGCCUGCUCCGCGACACCGUCCUCACCACCACCGCCUGGCGCGACCUCGGCCUGCCCAUCGACGCCGCGUCCUGCUCCACCCCGACCGAACCCACUUUCAAACGCGACGGCCACGAAGUCGUCCACUUACCGGGUGUCACCCACGAACACCUCGCCGCUCUCAUCCCCUCCCUCCCGGGCUUCUCCAACACCACCGAAAACAACAAUACAGACUUCCCCCUCCUCCUCCGCCAACGCGUAGCCAUAGAACUAGCCUACGCCCCCUACCUGCGCAUCCAACAAGUCCAAGCCGCCCGCCUGCGUCGCGACGAGACCUUAACCUUGCCCACAUCCCUCGACUACCACUCUAUUAACGGUCUGUCCAUUGCCGAGCGCAUGGCGUUGAGCGAGGCGCGCCCGGAGACGAUUGCGCAGGCGCGGAGGGUGGAGGGGGUUACGGCUGCGGGGUUGUUGACGCUUUUGGUGGCUGUUAAGAGGUUGACUAAGAGGGUGCCGGGGCGGAAGUCGAGGGGGGAUGGGGGGGAGAAUGAGGAGGCGGUGGUGGAAGGGUUGGAUGGGAGGGGGGUGGAGGAUUUGGAGGGGCUUGAUGCGAGGAGUCGGGUGGCGGAUUUGAAGUGA